AUGGACAACAGUUUAUCAUUACUUCUGCUGUUGGAUCUCCUCCGGCGCAUGACUCGAUCGGAGAGCAUCGCGUCCCCAUCGCCGCCGCGGCCCCCGACUGUAGAGGAAUUAUUCGGCUCCAUCCCAUCAAGAGAAGAAGAAGAACAACAGCAAGAAGAAGAAGUGGAAGAAAAAGAUAGAGAGAGGGAAUCUCUGCAGGUCACAGCUCGUCGCUUUGCCCGCCAUCGUAAAUUUGCAGAGGUUGACAUUCAGGCACUCUGCGCGGAAACUAAACGUCUCAUUGACGACGCCACAACUCCCACAGGCGCCGCCCGAUUCGCACGAAUGGCGCCUGAACUCGACACCGCCAUUUCACUUCUCGAACCGGUUUGUGUUGCGGAUCCACGAGUGGCUCUUUGUGUCUCCGCACUUAUUGCCAAUCUCGCAGCCAAUCCCGAAUCACGCGGACAACUUUAUUCCGCCGCCGUGUGGGAUCUCGCUCUUCUUAUUGCACAAACAUACAUGACGGAGCCCACCGUGUUACUUCGAGCACUAGUGGCCCUCUCGAAUUUAGCCUGUGAGCAAAGUCUCCUUGUUACCCGUGAACACUGUCAAGUGUUGAGUCGACUUAUUUUUCCUCUUCACACAGAGCCGCGUAUUGUGGAGGCGUGGGCCACACUCAUAUGUAAUCUCACCGCCUAUCACAGAGAAACAUCACAAGUGUUUGUGGAGUUUGGAGUUGUGGAAGUUCUGCAGAGACUGUUGCUGUACUUGGGUGAAGACAGCAGGUGUGCGGUGCGUGGGCUGCAGUGUUUGGUGAAUCUUGCGAUGGGGUUUACCAGCGGUCAACCACCUGUGUUGCCACUCUCAUGA